AUAUGGAACCCAUUCACAGGGACUUUUUAAGAAGCUUGGAAUUCCCGGGCCCACACCUCUGCCUUUCUUGGGAACCGUUUUGGCCUACCGCCAGGGUGUUUGGAAUUCUGACAUAGAAUGUUAUAAAAAGUAUGGGAAAGUGUGGGGGUUGUACGAUGGUCCACUGCCUGUGUUGGCUAUCAUGGAUCACGACAUGAUCAAAACAGUGUUAGUGAAAGAAUUUUAUUCUGUUUUCACAAACCGGAGGCCUUUAGGUCCUGUGGGAUUUAUGAAAAGUGCCAUUUCCAUAUCUGAGGAUGAAGAAUGGAGGAGAAUACGAUCGUUGCUGUCUCCAGCUUUCACCAGCAGAAAGCUGAAGGAGAUGCUCCCCAUAAUUGCCCGGUAUGGAGAAGUGUUGGUGAACAACCUAAGGAGGGAAGCAGAGAAAGACAAGCCAGUCACCUUGAAGGACAUCUUUGGGGCCUACACCAUGUAUGUGAUUAUUGGAACAUCAUUUGGAGUGAACAUUGAUUCCCUCAACAACCCACAAGAUCCCUUUGUGAAAAAUGUCAAGAGGCUCUUAAAAUUUGAUUUCCUCGAUCCAUUUUUUCUCUUGAUCGUAUUCCUUCCAUUUCUUACUCCAAUUUUUGAGGCAUUAAACAUCUCUCGCUUUCCAAAAGAUGCUACAAAUUUUUUUAAACAAGCCAUAGAAAAGAUAAAAGAAAGUUGCCUCAGUGAUAAACAAAAGCACUGAGUAGAUUUCCUUCAGCUGCUGAUGGACACCCAGAAUUCCAAAGAAACAGAAUCCUGUAAAGGUCUGUCUGAUCUGGAGCUCAUGGCCCAAUCAAUUAUCAUUAUUUUAGGUGCCUAUGAGACCACUACCAUUGUUUUUUCCUUCAUUAUAUAUGAACUAGCCACUCACCCUGAUAUCCAGAAGAAACUACAAGAGGAGAUUGAUGCAGUUUUUCCCAAUAAGGCACCUGCCAUUCACGAUGCCCUAGGACAGAUGGCAUAUCUUGACAUGGUGGUGAAUGAAGCUCUCAGAUUGCACCCAGUUGCAGUCAGAGUUGAGAGGGUCUGUAAGAAAGAUAUUGAAAUCAAUGGAGUGUUCAUUCCCAAAGGGGCAGUGGUGAUGUUGCCAAUCUAUGCUCUUCAUCGAGACCCACAGUACUGGACAGAGCCUGAGGAGUUCCGCCCUGAAAG